GUGAAAUGUUUCUAAAUUAAAGUAUUAAAUUUAAAUAAAAAGAUGCACUGAAAGCUAGCUCUGAAAAGUUACAAUUAAACCAAUGAAUGGUGUAAAACAUGCCCUGUAACACGAUAAGAAAUGUAUUUUGAUUAUUCUUUGGAACAUGCAAAUUUGAUAAAUUUUAUUUAAAAUUGCACAAAAAUAAUGGAAGAGAUAUUCCAGAAUUAUAGCUGUUUGAACCUUGCAAAGUAUGGAAACUGAAAGAACAGGGGUGGAAAUUGAACUUUCUAUGUGGGCAACUGAUACAUCAAAUCUGUAGGAAUGUGCUAACUAAAUGGGCGAGAAGUAAUCUGUGGUGGGUGUAUGUAGUAGGUGUGAUACAAGACCUUCAUGGCAGUGGUUGCUUGAAUAAUCACUUGGUGUGGGAAUGGUUAUAGUGCAAAUAGACGUAAGGUGCCAGUGUCUGGGGUAACAGUCCAGCAUAAAAUCUCUUGAAUUGUUUCUGUUUAGUUAUUUUCCUCUAAAAGUUUUUUUUUUUUUUUUUUUUCGUUGCCAUUGAACUACAUCAAUAGCAAGACCAACCAACAUUGAAAAGAAUAGGUCUGAUCAGAAUUAAAUAAUGUUAUAACAUUUGGAAUAGCAGGGUUUACAUAAUUGCCAUUUUGAUCUCUUUGUUUAGUAGCAUUUUGUAAAAAUGGCUCAAUUUGAAUACAUGUGUUAAUGAAAAAAAUGUUUUGUUAUAUUUACUGAUAUUAAAGUUAUUCCCAUCAUGUCUCUCAACCAUUUAAUACUUUUAAAUAAGAUAUCAUGUUAUUGGCAGGAAGGUCAAUUCUUGCUGUCAUCAGAUACAUUCUUUAUUCAGUGGAAGAUUAGAAAAAAUCUCACUUUGUGUUGUCUGUCUCUGAUUUAAUAAUAUGUUUUCUAUGAUAAUGCAUACGUGAGCCAAUAGCUUUGUUAUUAAGAAUGAGUUGUCAUUUGUCAAGCAGUUGACCUUUUCAUAAUCACAGCAUUUCACAGAACAAGUUACCGAUUCUGUGAUUUUAUGUGGGUGGACCAAGGAAUGCAUGGCUAAUGGCAUGUAAGCUUUCAGACCAUGCUGCCCUCUAUUGUUGAAAAUGGGCAGGAGUUUCAGUUAUUCAAGAUGGAGGCAAAAUCACAUAGAUCCCCUUUGUCAUUCAGGUUCAAUAUAUUCAAGCUGGUCUCUCUUAGACAUCCGUGUGCUGAUGAAAUACAAUGGAUAAGAAGGCCAGUACAGCUUCAAUCCAGUUUGGUGCUGAGGAAGCUCGGGAAAAGCAGGUGAGGGUGAAGCAACCGGGGCACAAUAAGGCCAAGACUCCGGGAGCAGGGAAGAGACCCACUCAUAAAGCAGACUUGGAUGUGUCGAAGGAAUUUCAGAAGUGUAAGGAGGAUGGCUCUACAAGACUUGAUCUCAGUAAAUCUCAGAUUACUGUCCUCCCAACAUCGGUGAAAGAUUUGACCCAGUUAGAGGAGUUCUACUUAUAUGGUAAUCGCCUGGUCAGCCUGCCACAGGAGAUUGGCUACUUGAAGAAUCUUCAAACAUUAGCGCUGAGUGAAAAUUCUUUGAUGAGUUUGCCACCGUCAUUAUCCUGUUUAGAAAAGGUCAAGGUUCUGGAUCUUAGGCAUAACAAAUUAAAUGAGAUCCCAGAUGUUGUAUAUAGUUUAACAUCAUUGACAACCUUAUUUCUAAGGUUUAACAGAAUCAAAGUGGUGUCUGAAGAAAUUAGAAAUUUGACUCACCUGACAAUGCUGAGUCUCAGAGAAAAUAAGAUCCGUGAACUUCCCAGAGGCAUCGGCAAACUGGUGCAUCUUGUUACGUUUGAUGUCUCACAUAACCAUUUAGAACAUUUACCAGAAGAAAUUGGUCACUGUGUCCAGUUGAACUCUCUAGAUUUACAACACAAUGAAUUGUUAGACAUCCCUGAAUCUAUAGGUAAUCUUCGCUCACUCACAAGGCUAGGGUUGAGGUACAACCGUUUGAAAGGUGUCCCCAAAUCUCUGGCUCAUUGCGUAAAUAUGCCAGAGUUUAAUGUUGAAGGGAACAAUAUUUCUCAACUGCCUGAGGGCUUAUUAUCUAGUUUAACCAACUUGACCACAAUCACAGUGUCCAGAAAUGCAUUUACCUCAUACCCAGCAGGAGGCCCCUCACAGUUCUGUUCAGCUUAUUCCAUAAACAUGGAACACAAUCAGAUCAACAAGAUUCCAUUUGGAAUCUUUUCAAGGGCUCCAAGUCUCGCCAAACUCAAUAUGAAGGAUAACCAACUCACUUCAUUACCAUUAGACAUCGGCACAUGGGUGAACAUGGUGGAGCUGAACCUGGGCACUAACCAGUUGACCAAAAUUCAUGAGGACAUACAGAAUCUACAAAAUUUAGAGGUGCUUAUAUUGAGCAACAAUUUGCUGAGAAGGCUUCCAAGUAGCAUGGGCAAUUUGAAGAAACUACGGGUCUUAGAUCUGGAAGAAAAUAAACUGGAAUCCUUGCCGCAAGAGAUCGGUUUUUUGAGGGAGCUGACUAAGCUUGUAGUGCAAUCCAAUCAGUUGACAAAUUUACCAAGAGCAGUAGGCCACUUGCAGAAUCUUGAAUACCUGAGUGUCGGGGAAAACAACUUGAAAAGUCUCCCUCCAGAGAUUGGAACUCUAGAAAACUUGCACUCACUGUACAUCAAUGACAAUUCCAACCUGAACAGUCUGCCGUUUGAGCUGGCCCUCUGCACCAACCUGCAGAUCAUGAGCAUAGAGAAUUGUCCGCUGGCAGAAAUACCUCCAGAGAUUGUGCAAGGAGGACCUUCACUGGUCAUACAGUAUCUGAAGGUCCAGGGACCAUACUGCCAAAUGUGAGGUGUGUCCAGGUGGAGAUGGACCCUGUCAUGAAGUACUUAAGUGUAGUACUUAAUUUACCUGCUGCCAGUGCUAAUACCAGGGCAGGAGCAAUUUCUCUACAUGAAAAACAUUUCAGUUGGUGCAGUUGGUACCAUUGCAUCUGCUGCAACACAGAAACAAGCAAGGGGCAGUUGUGUGAGGAACUGACACACAGACUGGUACAGAACUUUGACAUGCUUGUCUUAAUGUCACAUUCAUGUGAAUAGCCCUAAUAGUCCAGUUUCAUUGCUGUGUUGGAAUGGUCAAUCAGCGUAGACUUGUGAAAGAUCCAAGAAAACACAUACACCAAGCUCUUAUGUGGACGGAAAAGAUAAUUUAUAUGUUGUCCUUUUAAUUAAAAGGCUUGGCCAAAGCAGUGUUACCUGACUUGUGAAAGCCACUGAUAAUCUGGUCAGUAGUGACUUGAUAUAGUAGGACGAUGUACUGAAUUAUGGAAAGCUAAUACAUGCUGAAGCAAUUGCUGAUCAUCAAGGGUACAAGGGUAAGGUGCUUUGUUACUGGUGGCACAGUUUUGAAUGUGUACACUUAAUAUUUAUAAAAAGUGAUACGUGGAACAGACUAAGAACAUUGUUGUUUAUAAAGAGAGGGAGUCUUAGUGCACCACAGAAAGGUGGGCGCUCCAGCAUAUAACACAGGGUGUGCUUUUAGAUACAGGAUUUUCAAUACAGGGAAUACGGAGCUCAAUGAAAGAACGAUAGGUACACAAUAAUCAUGGAAGUGAUGUCCUAUGGAGAUUAAAGGAGGAUGGAAAGUGAAAUUGAAAAUAUUUGGAUGUAAUUAAUGCAGGGGCUGUUGAACUCCUUUCACACAUUUAAUUAUGUGGAAGCGAGAUAGACGAUUGCGCAAAUAUAUGUGGUUGUUAAAAGGUCUCGUAGAAUAUCAGCCAUGCUUGAGUCAGAAGGAGAUGGACAACCUGGAAAUGGCAGAUAUCAUACACCAGUAGACUAGGAUACAGAGGUCCUCUGAAGCAGUGUUGAUGGUCAUCCAUGACUCUGGCAUAUUGGACUAUCUGACAUGGCCAUUCUUCAAAAGCAACAAUUAGAAUGUCAUUUUCAGUUCCACAUUUUGACAUCGUGGUCUGCCUUAUGCUGUCAAAUAGAAGAACCAGGCAAUAUUGCAGCCUUAUGUAGGUGUGGGCACACACAAAUGUAUGCACUGUUUUUAGUCCAUCAGACUUGAACAAGCCAAAUGUAGUAAUUCUACUGAAGCCAGUACACGUUUGCUGUAUUGUAUAAGACUAAUUUGUAAAGAUCAUGACAUGCUAUCCCUAGAAUAUUAUUACAUUGUAUGAUACAAUCUAAUGAUGUUAUACUUAAUUUUUUUAUUUGGCUGAAGGAGAUAUUUUGAUACAUAAUUGUGUAUAGUUCUGUUCCCAACCACAAGUGUGGGGGUCUCUGAUAAAGGUCCUGUAAUUUGUUAUGCUUAGAUAGCAGUCAGUUGUUGAACAUAUUAGCUUUGAUUGUUAUAUGUUGUGUGGCCUGACCAGGCUGUGACUUCAUGAGAGGAGGAUCCUUCGCUAAGAGUACUGGUAAAGUUCUAUGCCUUGCAACCACAAUCCUCCCAAAAUAGCCCUUUUAAAUGAAAUCAAACGCAUUGGUGGAUACAGAUUUUUUCCAACUGAUACAUUUUUAUCAAAAUAGUUAAAUUGGAAGAUGGAAUAGUGUAUUUUUUUCUAAAAUGAAUUUAUAAUCUUGUGCAAUGUUUCUUUAUUGGAAAGUCAAAAUCUUUGUUGAUAGCUUGAAAAAUUGGUGUCAAGCUUCAGGUCCAAAGUUUUAAGAAAUAGGGUUUUUGGCAAUGGACCUUAACAUUUUUUGUAUUACUUUAUCACAAUUUGACUCUACAGAGGGAACAAGACGUGAAGAUGUUUUUUUGUUGUUUUGAGCUAUGCAGGACAUGGCAAAAUAAGAUAAACAUUUUGCAAACACAAUUUUAAUUAAUAAAUUACCAAUGUUUCCAUUGUAAUAAAUUUUCUGAAUUGCUGAUGUAAGAUAGGUAUGGAUUUGUGAUAUUAAAGACUCAUUUCAUGUUGAAUGCACCCAGUUUCAGAAUCAUCUCAUUGUGAAUCCUAUCCUGUGGCAGUUUCAGCAUAUUUGGCCAGAUAUUCAAUGCCCUUCUUAUUUGGAACUUUUGUCUUGAAGGAUUUUUAUGGAAAAGGAAUAUGUUCAGUCAAUUAUUGGAAAUAAGGGUGGAAUCAAAUAAGAAAAAUGUGGUUAUUUUUCUUUUUGCAUGCUGUAGUCCUUGUUAAUCAGUUGUGCAUCCAGACUGGCAAUUUGUUCUAUGUACGAGGAGUUGACAGAGUUCCUUGUUUAUGUAUCUCUACUCUGUUGUAUAGGAUUUUUGUUUGAAGAAAUGGUGCCAAUUUCUGUAAUAAUUUUAUGUAUAAAAAUGUAAUUAGACUUGUUAGCAGCAUGUGGAGUAGCAAGCCAAGAUGAGUGUUCUCUUUAUAGUGGCAAUCACCAAUGCUUUCAUCACUGUAAUACAGAAGUUCCAUGUUGAGUAUUUAAAAUUGUCCUCUGGCAGAAAAGUAAUAUAUUAUCAAUAAAUUCUUAGCCAGAAA